CAACAAACAAAAACAAUCAGUCAUGUCUGGAAUGCCCGGCGGUACUUCGAACGCUCGCGAUGCUGAUGCCGAGACCCAAUCCAUCCUCGAUCAGGUCAAGUCGCAGGCUGAAGAGAAGGCUGGAAAGAGCUUCUCGCAGUUUGUCGCCAAGCAGGUCGCCACUCAAGUCGUCGCCGGCACCAACUUUUUCGUCAAGGCCGACAUUGGCAAUGGCGAGCAGGUCCAUGUCCGCAUCUUCCGCAGCCUGCCCCCGGCUCAGGCGCUCAGCGUCCAUUCGAUCCAAACUGGCAAGACUGCCUCCGAUCCUCUCGUUCACUUCUAAGCGACCAAGUCAGUGUUUCGGCAUCGAGCUUGGGUGAUUUUCUUCUUUUUCUUCUUCUUCUUCUUCUUCUUCUUCUUCUUCUUCUUGUUCUUCUUCUUCUUCUUCUGCUUCUUCUGCGAUGGCGUGUUGUUUUUUUUGCGUGCGCGAAUGUGCCUUCAAUGAACAAUGUCGAUUGAAAA